CGGUGCGACGUCUAGUGUUUUCGCUUAGUUCGCAAUCCAGAUCGCAUUGCUCACUCCACAGGAUCUAUCCCGUUUAGGUCUCUGUCCCUGGAUCACAGUUGGAUCUAGCAUUAGAUGGUAGCAGAGCCGACAGCGGUUCUCUGAUUGAUUUGACUGGACUUGAUCUGAUUUGAUUUGUCAGGCAAAGUUGGCCUGUUAUUUGUGCCAGGCAAAGUUGGCCUGUUAUCUGCUGUGACCAGUAAGGCACAGGUCUGUGGAACAGCAAAGCGCACACCACAAGCGGUGCAAUUUCCCCCAUUGGACGCGGAUUACCAGCUUUGGUUUUCGGUACAGUGUCUUCAGCGAAGACCUGUGCUGUUUCCUCAGCUGUGAAAGAGUUCAAGAGUUUCAGUCGUCAGUGUUCCUCGGUGUAGAGUCUUCAGCGAAGACCUACACUGGUGUCACUGAUACUCGGCAAGGCUUCAGCGAAGCCUAAGCCGUGGGCCGCAAGAGGCGAAGCGCCGAAAGGGGCGCACGGGAAAAGACAGAUCAGACUCCUCCAAACUGGAGUAGAGCACCACUACUGUUGCUACGGCAGUCAGCCGGCACAGUAGCAGACUCAAAGCGUGCGGCACAACCGCUACGGAAAAGCGGCAACGCGGGAGCGGAAUUUGGAGAAGAAAUUGGAUCAUUUGGAUCGUUUUCCCGUGGAACGGACGGUGAACAGAUUUAAAGCGGAAAAUGGCACAAAAAGGUCAAGCCACUCCUAAAGCCUCGGGAACGACAUCGGAAAUAGACAGAUCUACGGGCUAUAACCCAAAGUGUCCGGACUGUCUACGGAACAACAGAAAGGUCGAUAAGAAGUUCCCGUGCUAUACAUGUGUUCACAAGUUGGGGGACCCACACAUCGUUUCACUCGUUGGACUUAUGGAAGUCAAACGGGGGAACAUGGAUGUUUUUCGGAACCUCAUUAGCGCGAGGAAUUAUGGCAGCAUCCCGGUAGAGGAGCGAAUGUUACUUGAGGAUCGUUACCGAGAAGCGAUCCGGAAUAACGAAAGUGGAUGGGAUGAAACCUUAGAACCAUUGAAAUGUCUACAAACAGACGCGUACCGUAAGAAGUUUGAAGAGGAACAAGAGAAGAUGCACCGGCAACAGUUGGAAGACGAACUCCGCGCAAAAAUUGAAGCGAACAAUAGACGGGCUAGCGAACAGGCAGCUCGAGAGGCGAUGCCCAGCUCAUCAAACUCAGCCGUACCUACAGCGAGUCUCAACGAAGAUGAAGCCCGGUUGAUACGUCAGUCUCUCAUUAUUCAAACUGAUACGCUGAUAAACGAUCCGGCCGCCAUGCAAAAGGAAUUAUUCGACGCAUUGUUGCGGGAAAAGCAGAGAUUGCAGAAGGGGUUUGCUCCAGCACCAUACAUAAAGAAGGAAAUCGAAACACGUAUGGAGGAGCUACGAAAAGCCCGUCAGAACGAGAGUAAUGUCCUGCAAGCACUCAGAGGAUUUAAACGGGACGAGGGUUUUAUACGACCUCGAUCACCUCCGCAAAGAGAAAGGUCACGCGGACAUUCACGUGAACGGGAACGGACUUAUGACCGCCAAAGUGAAAGACCACGCGAACACUCUCGUGAAAGGACACGAGAUUACCGCAGCGAAAGGUCACGCGAACGUUCUCGCGACCGAGAUUAUCGUGGCGGAAGAGGAUGGGUACGCCAUGGAAAUGAGAUAACAGAAACGAGUAUUCAGCGGAAAAUCGACACGGCAAAGAUUUUGGCCGCGACAAGAGGACGCGAAGAACAACGGCGUGCGGAGGCAUUCCGCACAGAGCCUGAAAAGAAAGGUCAUCAGGUGCCGUUGGGAGUUGCGUUCUGUAACCGUAAUGUCAGAAUGUCAACGCCUGAAAGGUCAUGGGACAAAAGACGUGAGCGCACACGGAAUCGAACGCCAGACCCACAGGACAAGCGAUGGCAAGAGAGAGCCAAGUACUAUGCGGGUUUUGAAUCUGGCGCAAGCAAAAGGUCAUCGAGUGCGGAACGGGAAGACUCACCCCCGAAGCAUCAGAGAAUGGAAUCGACAGUCCAUGUCGUGGAUCCCAUCGUGAGUGCUGAGGAUGACACGAUGGAGGGGGCUAGCCCAGUCGCAGCCUCAGUGUCCCAAGAGAACGUAAUUCACCGAAGAAACGUGGUCCUCGACAGUGACCCUCGACAGUGACCCUCAACCGUCCACAUCGGCGAGUAAUGAACCGCUACAACGUGAACCAGAAGGACGACGCGAGCAAGCAGUUCAACGCGAACCGGACAAUCGUCGCGAAGACGACCGAAGAACGACUUCCAGAUUUAAUAACCGACACCCUGAUCUUAUCGACAUGGAAUAUGACAUGAGUGAUACUCAUGAGCAAACGUUGGAAAUUUGUCGAUAUUUCGGGAUCGAACCUGAUUCGGUUGAAGCUAACAAGAUCGGCACCAUAAUGCGCCAGCUACGCCAAUUCUUAUUAGACUCUGGCUACGCUCAAGAAAUUAGACAAGGAUUGGAAGAAGGAAACUUCCAUCGACUACACAUUCCCCGCGAUUCGGCGAGAGAUUGUUAUCUCCCGAUCCGACAGAAUGGGCUGCAUAGUCUAUUGGACUUGAAUUUACUAGAUGUGCCACUGGACACGACUGACCCAGUGGGGAUGACCCAAUUUUAUUAUACCGAUUACCCUGAACGACAGGAAUAUGUGGCUCAAUUCGUUCUACGCCAUGUGAAUCCAGCUUUUAAAUUGCUUGCAGCGAGAGCAUCAAUAGGAUUACAAGUCGAUCCUACGGACCAUGCCGCAAAAAGGAUGGGGCAAAAGGUCUUUGCUGCACGACUCGCACAUUAUAAGACACAAAAUCAGUUGGUGUCUAAUACCAUGAAGGACGAUAUCCCACCGUUGUUCCGACCUCAUGUGGCGAAAUUGGGCGAACCCAUGGAACACGUCGGAAUAGCCCAUACGGCCAGAAAGGCGUUGAAAAAGUGUAAGACACGAAGGGAAAAGGGCAAUCUCACACAGCGACACGCCUCCCAAGUUGAAGAGCGGAUUAACCGGAUUAAAGAUACCAUGGGAAGCGACUACGUUGAACCAGUGGACGGAGUCGAAACGUACAUAAACGAAUUCCUUGUGAAUAAAGGUGAUCGACGUCCGGAACGCGCUCCUAACCAGAUAGGAAGACGUGGUUUGCGAAACCAGCAGCUACGAGAUAAUCUAGCUGAUGUGCAACGUCGACUGGCGGACGAUCCUAAUAACCGAAGACUGCGGUUAGAGGAAAAUGACGCACGCCACCAAGUCGAGGCGAUUAAGCGUAGCCGCCAAGGGAAAGGUCGUGGUCAGCGAGCAGUUGACCCGGAAAAGGUCAUGGAAGUUGACUUGACGGAACCAGUCGACCGAACUUCUGACCGAAAUCAACCGGAAAGUGCUAAGAAGCGCCCGCCAAGAGAUGGCGAGGGCGAUUCAAGUGAAAUGGAAUAGUGAUGAUCGUUAGGAUCACACUAUUGAAAAGGCGUCUACGGCAUUUGUCGGCACGUCACAAAAAUGGUGUUGUAUAAGGGCGACGUGACAUAUUUACUUAAAACUGUAUUUGUGUAUUUGUUGUUUGCAGCGUUUAUAGCACAGAAACCGAAAGGAUAAAGAAAUCAUGUGGAGCAUCGAAUGGGGUUUAAAUUGAUUCGGUCUAUAAAGCCGGCCCCAAGGGAGUAGUUGCGGCAGUCAGCCGGCUCUCCUCCUUAAGCGACUCAGUGUUAUAAAUUGGCGAGAGAAACUACGGUAAUCAAGCCGGAUCUCUUGAAUACGGAAGUGGGCCACAAGCGGCGAAAAAGAGAAAGACAACAGGUGGAAAUAUUAAUGGGGUAAACUUGAUGCGGCAGUCAGCCGGCCUCAUUAGGGUUGCUACGGUAAACUAUGCCGGCAAUCUCUCCAAGCGACUCAGUGUUAUAAAUCAACGAGAGAAAUAGCGGUAACCAAGCCGGAUCUCUCGUACCGAAGUUGGGCCACAAGCGGCGAACAAGAGUAAAAGAUUGAAUGUGGAAACGCCAUGGGGUAAAUUUAAUGCGGUAAACAGCCGGCCCCAUCGGAGAUGUUACGGUAAACUCUGCCGGCACUCUGGCCGCUCGAGGCAUAUUGAAGUUGGAUGUGCGACGGAAAGGUCAAAUUGAAAGUCUUACCAGGGAGGCAAGCGAAGAAGUGCUUGAAAGUCGUUAAAAAUCGGCUAAGUUCCUCCAUGACCUAUGACGGAAGUUUGAAAAGAAGUCGGAUGACCUUUGGGAUCAUCAUUGCCCAACAGAGUCACCGUAUCAGGACUUAAAGUCGCAUGACCUUUUGGGACCAUUAGCCCAAGUGAGUCGCACAUCCCGGAUCAUCUCAACAAAGGAUGACCUUUACCAGGGAGGAAGCGAACUACGCUUGUCUACAUGACGUCCCUCCAUGACCUUUAUUGAAUCUCAUUGUAAAGACGUACAAUUGAUACGCACGUUAUCCCAAAGAUGAAGCAGUAUUCCUAAGUCGUACUUGAUACGCACCUGAUUCUCAAGCGGAUUGUGAUGAAAAGUCGCAUUACGGAUGCGCGGACUUGCUCAACAGAGCGAAAUGGGCCAAAGAGUGCGGAAAACGGUGGACAGGACCUGUGACCUAUACGAGUCAGAAAUGGAGGAUCCUAGUCUACUUUUGAUUAAUACUUUUGUUGAUCUUUUAACUGUUGAUCUGUUUUGUAUUAGAAUUGAUAUGGAAUAGUAUUUUGGUACAGAUCUCUUUAUUCACAUUGUGCAUUUGGAAUUGUGUGAUAAACGGAAUAAGAGAAUUUGAUGUUUUUGAGCACGCACAGACACCGGCGACCGUCUUUUCGUGGAUUCCGGAGUGUGCUGAGCCUCAACGGAGCUCGGCAUCCCCCCAGAGGCAUGUGAGACGAGGGCUCACUAGCGUUCACGCCUGUGGCGCUAGGCGCUACGCCGAUGGAUUACGGUCUGUGUUGUGUCUCGCUUCUGAUUGGCUCGCGCUUUAUUAGUGGGCGCGGUAUAGCACGUGCUGCACACUGUUGCACAGUGUGGAAUUGGCUCUACGAUUUGCGAUCGAGCUGUGCCGAUGAGGAUGUUGAUUUCUGUUGUGCAGACUUUCAAUAUAUUAAAAGUCAGCAAUUAGCGGUGCGACGUCUAGUGUUUUCGCUUAGUUCGCAAUCCAGAUCGCAUUGCUCACUCCACAGGAUCUAUCCCGUUUAGGUCUCUGUCCCUGGAUCACAGUUGGAUCUAGCAUUAGAGUAUGUUACACUGCUAACCGUAAAGAGGAAAUACCUCAGCCGAAAGUACUCGGUACAUCUGUAC